AUGUCUUCCAAGUUUGUUUUUCCAAAAGUCGUCAAGGAACUCAGAUUCUUCCUGUCGCAGACUGGUGAGGCUUCUGUUCCUUUAAGAUCCUUCCUGACCAAAACGUACCCAGCUAUCAAAAAGGCAAACCCAACUUUACCAAUUCUAAUCAGGGAAGCCUACGGAAUUCCACCAAGCGUCACUGCCAGACUCGAAAAGGGCCAUGAAGUCAAGACGAACCUGGAAGGAUUCUCUGCUGACCAAAUUGCCAAAACUUUACAGUCCAUUGCUUAG